AUGGCAGGUGUGUUAGCAUAAGGCCACUAAGCCUCAUCCGGCGGAAUGGCUAAUAUAUCGAAAAUAUUUCAGCCUUCUAUUAGCACAAAAAACACAAGUCUGUCUUAGCCCGAUAUUUCAAAGCAAUAUCGCAUAUUCACACUUAGUUUAAAUAAAUGCUACGCUGUUUUGGUAAGAGUUGGUUAUCAUCGAGGUGAGGAGAACGUUUAUGAAGUUUGUUUAACUUGUUUAGGUUAUAGCGCAGCCCAAAUUGCGCGCUAUUAUGAUAAUAGUGUUUCUCUUCAAACGGGCCGAGCUUAACUGUGUUGACAUCGCAGGAUGUGUAGUGUAAAAGAACGAUGGAAGAGUGACUUGAUCAAAAAAUAAAGUUCAACAACUGACAAGGAAAAACGACGGAAACCAGUGGCGAAAACUUGAAAGGAAAUCGUUGACAAGACAAUUUGUACAGAAGAAAGAACACGCAGGCUUAUAUGUGUGGCUUAUUAAAUCUUGAAAGCGCUAGAAAAUUCACGCUGUUUCACGUUAAGACAAUUUGUACAGAAGAAAGAACACGCAGGCUUAUAUGUGUGGCUUAUUAAAUCUUAAAAGCGCUAGAAAAUUCACGCUGUUUCACGUUACUGUGGAUAAAACGAGGAAGGACACCGAAAAGCAAUUGAGAGGGAUACUCGUAAAGCUCACAUGUAAAAAAUGGGAAGUCAUGUCGGUUUUCUUUUUUGGAUAAUCGAAGAGCAGAGGUUCUAAGAAAGACUGGGAUAUUUUGUAUUACGAACGUCGUUUGAAAAGCACCAAAAAGCUACACUAAAUCAAUUUAAACUAUCAAGAAGAGAAAAACAUCAUUUGUUGACUCAAGGCAACUUGAACUCUCGAAAUCGUUAAGACGAUGAAGAACACAAACGAGACAGGGGAGGUCUGGUCUGUGUCUACAUCCGUGGUAACGGUCGUCUACCUCAGCGUUAUCAUCGCCAUCGGGGUCUUUGGAAACAUCCUCGUGGUCAUUGUCAGUGUUCAAGGGAACAGAGUACGGACUAAAGGGCGCGCCCUGAUCGCCUCCAUGGCGGUAGCGGACUGCGUCGAGUCUCUUAACCUCGUGUUUAUGCUCGCGACUGCCAUCUCCCGCGGCCAAUGGAUCUUCACGGACGCAGCCUGCAAGGUCCACGGGUUCAUCACCACUCAGUUCGUUAUCGCCUCCAUGUAUAGCCUUAUGAGUAUCAGCCUGAAUCGGUACUACAUGGUGGUCAAGCCGAAUCACUACCGGCGUGUCUUCGACACUAGGAACACCGCCUUGAUUAUUGCGUUUAUCUGGGUGUUCCCGCUUUGGCUGGCAGUGUCCCCACUCGCUGGGUGGUCCGAAUAUAGUUUUCAGCCACAUAAGGCCACUUGUAUAUUCUACUUCAGUACGUCACCCGCUUUUGCGAUCGUGGUGUGCGUGAUGUGCGUGCCCGUGCCGUUAACUGUGAUUGUGUACACGUGCUUUAAGAUCUCACAGCAGGUAAAGCAGAGGUCGAUGCGCGUCCAAGGCGCCGGAUCCGCCACUCGAGUGAACGUCCACGAGAUCAAGAUCACACGGACUCUUAUCGUGAUCAUCUCGGCGUACCUCAUCUGCUUCAUUCCUGCCGCUGUCGUGAACCUGAUCGAGAUGCUCAUCCCCAGCUACGAGAUUCCAUUUUGGAUUGACAUUGUAUCGAUGUUACUAGUAGUUACGAACCACGCAAACAACCCGCUCAUAUACGGUAUGAUGAAUCGCCAGUAUCGUCGCGCCUUCAUCGCGGUCAUCCUAGGCACGUGCGGUGAUAGCUGCUAUAACCCCAAUGAGAGUAACUCAGACUCACGUCUCGAUGACCUGACGGCAGACAAGACGCGACAGAUAGGAACGACGCAGCAAGGAGAGCCGUCGAAGCAUGAUAAAACAUCGUCUAUUCAGAUUUCGGGCUCUUCCGCAUUGCAGGCCAUGGAAGUUUCGAUUGCGCAACAGAGUUCCCCGAUGCCACAAAAGCCUCUUCAGGCAGGAUGACUUGGGUAGUAGUAUGGUGUGUCCAGAUUUGAGUCAUUUUGAGGCGGCAAAUAUAAACCGCUUCAGUCAGGAUGACUUGGGUAGUAGUAUGGUGUGUCCAGAUUUGAGUCAUUUUGAGGCGACAAAUAUAAACCGCUUCAGUCAGGAUGACUUGGGUAGUAGUAUGGUGUGUCCAGAUUUGAGUCAUUUUGAGGCGACAAAUAUAAACCGCUUCAGUCAGGAUGACUUGGGUAGUAGUAUGGUGUGUCCAGAUUUGAGUCAUUUUGAGGCGACAAAUAUAAACCGCUUCAGUCUGGAUGACUUGGGUAGUAGUAUGGUGUGUCCAGAUUUGAGUCAUUUUGAGGCGGCAAAUAUAAACCGCUUCAGUCAGGAUGACUUGGGUAGUAGUAUGGUGUGUCCAGAUUUGAGUCAUUUUGAGGCGGCAAAAAUAAACCGCUUCAGUCAGGACGACUUGGGUAGUAGUAUGGUGUGUCCAGAUUUGAGUAAUUUUGAGGCGGCAAAUAUAAACCGCUUCAGUCAGGAUGACUUGGGUAGUAGUAUGGUGUGUCCAGAUUUGAGUCAUUUUGAGGCGGCAAAUAUAAACCGCUUCAGUCAGGAUGACUUGGGUAGUAGUAUGGUGUGUUCAGAUUUGAGUUAUUUUGAGGCGGCAAAAAUAAACCGCUUCAGUCUGGAUGACUUGGGUAGUAGUAUGGUGUGUCCAGAUUUGAGUCAUUUCGAGGCGGCAAAUAUAAACCGCUUCAGUCAGGAUGACUUGGGUAGUAGUAUGGUGUGUCCAGAUUUGAGUCAUUUUGAGGCGGCAAAAAUGAACCGCUUCAGUCUGGAUGACUUGGGUAGUAGUAUGGUGUGUCCAGAUUUGAGUCAUUUUGAGGCGGCAAAUAUAAACCGCUUCAGUCUGGAUGACUUGGGUAGUAGUAUGGUGUGUCCAGAUUUGAGUCAUUUUGAGGCGGCAAAUAUAAACCGCUUCAGUCAGGAUGACUUGGGUAGUAGUAUGGUGUGUCCAGAUUUGAGUCAUUUUGAGGCAAUCAAAAAUGGUGAGCAGGAAUAAUGCAGAAUUCAAGACUAAUUAACAACCCAGUCUUGCGUUGCAGUCAAGGCUUUGCAAGAUGUUGCAACAUCUUACGAAAUAAGGGUUGUAAACUAGAGCUGGCCAUUUACAAAAAGCCAUUCGUGAACAAUCUAAGCAACAAUAGUUGCUAGCAUUUUGGAUAUAAAUGGAUGGUUUUAAUAUUAUAAUCAAGUGCGUGAAGACAGUUCAAUAAAUCUGUCGACUAGUG